UACGUAAGGGCCCCAUCUCGCCGAGGAGAGGCUGGGCGACCGCGAUGAGGAAGGCGGCGGCGGCGGCGGUCGCGGCAGCGGCGGCGGUCGGCGUGGCGCUGCUGGUGCGCCGGCAGCUGCGGGAGGCGAAGCGGUGGGGCCGGGCCGACGCGGUGCUGCGGGAGCUGGAGGAGCGGUGCGCGGCGCCGCCGGGGCGGCUGCGGCAGGUGGCGGACGCGAUGGCCGUCGAGAUGCACGCCGGGCUCGCCUCCGAGGGCGGGAGCAAACUCAAGAUGAUCAUCAGCUACGUCGACGCCCUCCCUUCCGGGGAAGAGAAGGGGGUGUUUUAUGCGCUUGACCUUGGAGGUACAAAUUUCCGUGUUUUACGGGUUCAAUUAGGUGGCAAGGAAGGGAGAGUUAUCAAGCAAGAACAUGACGAGAUUUCAAUUCCUCCGCAUCUGAUGACUGGUGGUUCAAAUGAACUAUUUGAUUUUAUUGCUUCUUCUUUAGCAAAAUUUGUUGCUUCAGAGGGUGAAGACUUUCAUCUUGCUGAGGGGAGGCAGAGAGAACUUGGCUUUACGUUCUCUUUCCCAGUAAAGCAAACUUCAAUUGCAUCUGGCACUCUUAUUAAUUGGACUAAGGGUUUUUCGAUUGAUGAAACGGUUGGUGAAGAUGUUGUGACUGAAUUAACCAAGGCUCUUGAACGCCAGGGGCUUGAUAUGAAAGUCACAGCAUUGAUAAAUGAUACUAUAGGGACAUUGGCUGGUGGGAGAUAUGAUGAUAAUGAUGUCAUUGCUGCUGUUAUACUGGGAACAGGUACUAAUGCAGCAUACGUGGAACGUGCCAAUGCAAUUCCUAAAUGGCAUGACCUCCUGCCGAAGUCAGGAGAUAUGGUAAUAAAUAUGGAAUGGGGGAACUUCAGGUCAUCCCAUCUUCCUUUGACUGAAUUUGAUCAAGCAUUAGAUGCUGAAAGUUUGAAUCCUGGUGAACAGGUUUACGAAAAGUUGAUCUCUGGCAUGUAUUUGGGAGAAAUUGUUCGUAGAGUCCUAUUAAAGAUGGCUGAAGAAGCUUCUCUUUUUGGUGAUGAAGUACCACCAAAACUCAAGAUUCCAUUUAUUAUCAGGACUCCAUACAUGUCAAUGAUGCACUGCGACAGAUCACCUGAUCUCAGAACAGUUGGAGCGAAACUGAAAGAUAUCCUGGGGGUCCAAAACACCUCCCUUAAAACAAGAAGGCUUGUGGUGGAUGUCUGCGACAUCGUUGCGAAACGCGCCGCUCACCUUGCUGCUGCAGGGAUACACGGGAUCCUGAAGAAGCUUGGGCGCGACGUCCCCAACACCGACAAGCAGAGGACGGUGAUCGCCGUCGACGGUGGGCUCUACGAGCACUACACCAUCUUCGCCGAGUGCGUGGAGAGCACCCUGAGGGACAUGCUUGGGGAGGAUGUGUCCUCCACCAUUGUCAUCAAGCUCGCCAAGGACGGGUCAGGCAUUGGCGCUGCUCUCCUUGCUGCGGCUCAUUCUCAAUACCGUGAGGCUGAGGAGCUCUAGUGGAUCUCUUCUCUUGGCAGCUGUUAUGCUUUAGUUGUUUGGAUUUUCCUGAGAUUCUGAACCCCCAGGAGCAAUUGCAUUCUAUAGAGUUGCACCAGCACCGUGCUGGUGUUUAGAACUUUAGAUGGAGGCACCAACCUUUAGUAGCUUGCAAGUCCUGUAAACUGUAUAAACGCAGAACACAGUAUUGUCCUUCCAACAAAUUUCCGGCUAAAUUUAUCCGGAGCAACAGAGAAAUUUGAAAUUUGUGU